UGUACAACAUGGCGGCGCCCCUGACAUGGAAAAGACUUGUGUUCUCCGUGUACACUCCUGCGCUUUCCUGGGUUUUCACGAGGAUUUCAGACAGAUUCUUCAAGACACAUGAUCAGAGGAGAGGGUCCACUGUGCUGCUCUUGGCCCCUCUUCUGGCAGAGGCUGACCCAGCCCCCGUGGCCUCCUCCAGGCCUCCAGGCUUCACUGGAUCUGAGGGCCUCCACUCUCGGUUCCACUGGAUGGCUGAUCAUGUACCCGCUUUCAGGGUCCCGGGGGGCCACAUUCACAUCCUGUACUCACCUGAUGAGUUUUAUCAGACUAUGAAGGCUCUAAUCAAAACGGCCAAGAGCCGUGUGGUGAUGGCAUCUCUUUACCUUGGUACAGGACCUCUAGAGCAAGAUCUUGUUGAUUGCAUGGAAGAGGCAUUAGAGCGUUCGCAGGGAGAGGAUGCACCUGAUCUCAAAGUUUCUUUUCUGCUGGAUUAUACCAGAGGUUCAAGAGGUAAGCACAAUUCGCGCACAAUGUUACUGCCCCUACUUCAGCGUUUCCCAGAGCAGAUGAGAGUGUCCCUGUACCACACUCCAGACCUGCGGGGUCUAUUGCGCCUUCUGGUCCCUGAGCGCUUUAACGAAACCAUUGGAGUACAGCACAUCAAGGCGUACCUUUUUGACAACAGUCUCAUCAUAAGUGGGGCCAAUCUGAGCGACUCCUAUUUCACCAAUCGUCAGGAUCGUUAUGUACUUUUGGAGGACUGCCGGGAGGUAGCUGAUUUCUUUGCUGAACUGGUGGGAGCCGUGGGAGAUGUGUCACUGCAGCUCCAGCCUGACAACAGUGUGCACAUGAUGGAGGGGAUGGUGCAUCCCUACAAAGGUAAUAGAGCAGAUUUCUCAGCAUCAGCACAGAGAUGGAUCAUGGACGUGGUGAACACGGCACGUGUCCGGCAGAGCACGCUAGAAGCGGAAUGCUCGGAGGUUCCAGACUGCGAUGGUACAGUGCCAAAUGACACCUGGAUCUUUCCUCUGGUGCAAAUGAAGCCCCUGGGCAUUUACCUGGAUGAGCAAGUAACAAAGCGACUACUCGCAGAGGCAGGUGGAGACUCAACCGUCUACCUGACGUCUGGUUACUUCAACUUAACACGCACUUACAUGCAGCUGGUGUUGCGUGCUGCAGCAGACUACCGUAUCCUCAUGGCCUCACCAGAAGUUAAUGGGUUUUUUGGGGCCAGAGGAGUAGCAGGGGCAAUCCCUGAGGCCUACGUUCAUCUUGCACGACAGUUCUACAACAAGGUGUAUCAACUGGGACAGCAGAGUCGUGUCCACUUGCACGAAUACCACCGUCCUGAUUGGACCUUCCAUGCUAAAGGGUUGUGGUACUAUGUGGGAGAAAGGGAUCGCCCCUGCCUCACUCUUAUUGGCUCCCCGAAUUUUGGGUAUCGCUCUGUGCACAGAGAUCUGGAGGCUCAGAUUGCCAUAGUAACUGAGAAUGAAGAACUCCAGAACCAACUGCAACAGGAGCAGGAGAUGUUGUAUCAGAGCUCUACAGAAGUGUCAAGUUCAACAUUUAAUCAGCCUGACCGCUAUGUGAAGUUAUGGGUUAAACUGGUAACACCACUCAUCAAGAACUUCUUCUGAAAAACAGCAGGCCUGGGUUGGCUGAUAUCUUACAAUCCAUGAAAGGUUGAAGGUCCAGAUGAAGGUGGGCCUACGUGUGUGUGUGUGUGUGAACACGAGAUAAAUAUUUGUGGUUUCCUGGCACUCUACGUGGAUGGCUUUGAUUCUUGUAUGACUAAUAACCCCCGACUGGGUGUCCCUGCGGGCUACAGUGACAAUAAUGUUGGAGACUACUCAACAAUUGUGCUCAGUGGUGUUAUGUUCAAUAACAUCCAUUCAGCUUCUAACAACUUCUGCUCAUUGUUAAAGGAGAAAAUGCAUGUACAACCAGUAUAAUACAUGAAAGGCUGCAGUGUAAAAGAUUUACUGCCUGUUCGUGUGAUAGACAUGUAUUUGUAAGCAAUGUGACUGAUAAGAAAAUGUAGCCAUUGGUUUAAUGUGCAGUGCAUCUUGAAGUGAUCAUAAUGCAUUUAUUUAUUUAAGUUUAUUUUAAUUGUCUGCUGUAGACAUUUGUAUUGUCUUGUCAUUGUAAUUAGAAUUUGAAAUCUGUUAAAAAAAACUUUUCAUUUCCACUUUCUUUUGUAAUCUUAUUUUUAUUUUAUUUACUUAUGCUAAUAUUACAGGUAAGUGAGAAAGUUGAUCUCAGGGGUAUUUGAAAUGAUACAGUUUAUGUUACAAUUUUUGUUACCUCAGUCUUCUUUAAAUCAUCUGUAUUUUCCCAGGUUAAAUGAUCAAUCUCCUUUUUUCAUCCACUGUCUGAAGCAGACCAUCAUGCGAACUGCCUUAACACUCCCUUCCUUAUAAAGUUUUAUCACUUAGAUCCCCUGGAGCAUUGGUUAUACAUGAGGACUAAAAAUGAGCAUGAAUUUCAUUUUACUGUGAAAGAGAUUUAGGGGACAGCUUCAAAUAAUGACCAGGCAUAAUUUAACAUUUAUUGGAAAUGUUUGGAAAACACUUAUUCAACAAGCCUGGAAUGGAAAUGAGCACCCUUUUAUUCAUUUGUUGCAUUUUCCUGACUGCGUAGUUACUUUGCCCUUAAAGGGAUUUUGGUAGUAUUAUUUCAACAUCAAUGUCUGAAUUGUUUUUGUUAUAAAAAAAAAAAAAAAAAAGAAAUGAUGGUACUUCCUUUUUCCUGAGAUUGUUUUGAAUUUGGUGCCAAUUUGCAAGAGCAUUUGCUCAUCAACAUUGAGACCAAGGGUUUUUUUGUUGUUGUUUUUUUUUUAUUGAUUUUCUUUUGACUACUUACAAACUUAACUAGAUUUAAAUGUUAUAAUUAACAUUGUUUGGCAGAGACUAACACAUAGAAACACUGGAAACUUGAUUUAUAAUGGCACUGCUUCAAGCUUUUUACAGAUUGAUAUGCUACAUGAGUGAGACAAAGCCUUACAGUCUUACAUGUCGUCAAGCGCACACAAGUCUCAAAUAAAAUGAACAAAAAUAUUCUGUACAAUAAGAAGGCAAAGUGUCAAUGUAUAAAUGUUUUUUAAGAAUAAAACAGUUAAUGGUU